GGGACUGGGCUCAGGACCGGCGCUCGAGCGGUUGAUUGCGUAGCGGUCUGCACGCGCUGAGUUUGUGUUCGCUCGUCACGCGCUUCGGUUUUGCACUUUUAGCAGGUUUUUAUUUGUUUGUUUGCAGUUUUGCUCCUCACAGCUCGAUGAUGCUGGUGUUCUCCGCGUGCACCGUGCUGCUGCUGCUGAGCCCCGCGCUGUCCGCGGUGCGCCUCUGCCCGGAGCGCUGCGACAAGUCCGCGUGCCCGCCCGUUCCCGCGGACUGCCUGACCGCAGACACGCUGGACCGCUGCUCGUGCUGCCCGGUGUGCGCGUCCGGCGAGGGCGAGCCGUGCGCCAGCGCGCGCGACUGCUCUGAGGGUCUGACCUGCUCACUGCCCGAGGGCGCGCGCCCUACCACGGCCACAGUGCGCCGACGCGCACGGCUCGUCGGCCUGGGCGUGUGCACGUGCCCGAGCGGCGAGCCCGUGUGCGGCAGCGACGGCGUUUCCUACCGCAACAUCUGCGAGCUGAAGAGCGUGAGCGCGCGCGCCACCGAGCUGCAGCAGCCGCCGGUCAUCUUCAUCCAGAGGGGAGCCUGCGGGACAGGUCAAAAAGAGAAUCCAGAGAGCCCACGGCACAAAUACAACUUUAUCGCUGAUGUGGUUGAGAAAAUUGCCCCAGCUGUGGUUCAUAUCGAACUCUACCGCAAGAUGGUCUUUUCAAAGCGGGAGGUGGCAGUGGCCAGUGGUUCAGGUUUCAUUGUGUCUGAAGACGGGCUGAUCGUCACCAAUGCUCACGUGGUGGCCAACAAGCAUCGGGUCAAAGUGGAGCUGAAGUCAGGUGCCACCUACGAUGCCAAGAUCAAGGAUGUGGACGAGAAAGCUGACAUUGCCCUCAUCAAGAUUGAUGCUCCAAUGAAGCUUCCAGUGCUGUUGCUGGGCAGAUCAGCUGACCUGAGGCCAGGCGAGUUUGUGGUGGCUAUCGGCAGCCCCUUCUCUCUCCAGAACACAGUGACCACAGGCAUCGUUAGCACAACCCAGCGAGGAGGAAAGGAACUGGGCCUGCGCAACUCAGACAUGGACUACAUCCAGACUGAUGCCAUCAUCAAUUAUGGGAAUUCAGGAGGACCCUUGGUGAACUUGGAUGGAGAGGUGAUCGGGAUUAAUACUCUGAAGGUGACUGCUGGAAUCUCUUUCGCCAUUCCUUCAGACAAGAUACGCCAGUUCCUUACGGAGUCACAUGACCGGCAGGCGAAAGGAAAGUUACCUAUGAAAAAGAAGUAUAUUGGUGUCAGAAUGAUGACCCUCACCCCAACCCUCGCCAAGGAGCUAAAGGAAAGGCAGUCAGACUUCCCGGACGUCACCUCAGGAGCUUACGUCAUCGAGGUCAUUCCCAAAACCCCAGCAGAAGUUGGUGGGCUGCAGGAGAGCGACGUCAUCAUCAGCAUCAACGGCCAGCGGAUCACCUCAGCCAGCGAUGUCAGCGCGAGCAUCAAGAAGGACGAAUCGCUCCGGACGGUGGUCCGGCGGGGAAACGAGGACGUCAUCCUCACCAUCAUCCCCGAGGAGAUCGACCCUUGACCCUUCUUCACCCCCCCUCGACCUCCUGCUCUACCUUGAGCUGGUUCUCAGUGUGUACAAAAACAAAAACAUCGAAAAAACUAAAGAACACUGACUUUUUACAGAGUGCGUGUCUGGAGCCGCACUCGUUUUAGCACGUGUAGUAAAUGUCUCCCUGCCUUUAAACCUCUGAAACCCACCUUACUAAAGUAUCCCACCCUCUGAUACAGUUUCUUUUUUUUGCCAUCCUGCUGCAUCCUUUUCCUUUGGUUAAGCUUCAGUUCCAGUCCUACAUUACUACAUGAGUUCACAUUCAGCCUAUUUACACGCACCAUUUCAUGUGUCCAACAAUAUAAAACCUAACAACAUUCCAGUGAGACCUGGUCAUUUCAUUGUGUAUGUUGUAAUCAAUUGUGACAGAUUUGUGCUAAAGCUAACUGUUUUUAGCAUAGCAGUUCACUUUCACUGUUCAUUUAAAGACAUAUGCUUAAACUCUUGAAUUUGAACAAACUUUAUUGCUCAAAACAUAAUCUAAGCUAAGUGUUUGCAUCAUACAGGCUGUUCAGUGGUUCUAAAAAAGUAAUUUAUGUUCAUUAAUUGUUAUCUGAUUUGGCCAUAUCUUAAAAAGUGGUACCUGAUAAUAAAACUAAAAUAUUUUAACUUUUAUUUUAACUAUUAUAACUUUUUUGAGAAAUGUUGCAAAGCCUACAUUUUUCCCCCAGGCUGGGUGCCACAAAUGGGGCCAAACUAAAAAGUUUUUGAACUAGACUAGAAAAUGUUUUUAUUUAGUUUUUAUUCUGUUGACAGCGAUGUUAGCGUGCUCAGAGUUUCUUAACCCUGGAUUUUGGCGCUUUUCUCCAAACACAACUAAUAAAUUCAAGUAAUCUGCUUAUUAACAAGCCCUUUUAGUUGAUGUUUAGUUGAUAAUUUAGUUGGUGUUUUCACAGCAUAUAUAUGAGACAAAUGGGGACAAAACCCCCUAUAAUAUAAUAACUCUAUUUUUUGCACUAUAAGGCGCACUGGAUUAUGAGGUGCAUUAUGCAACACUAGUAAGGAACAAGGGUGUCACCAUGUUUUCCUACUAAUUCAGCAGGUCUUGCUGCUGGAUGGCGAUAAGGGGUAACUAAAUAAAGCUAAGCCAAGUAAACAAAAUUGUAAUUAAAAAAUAUAUAUAUUUUAAACUCAGACAAGUGCUGGAUGUUAAUCUACACAGAUUUCUCUCCUGAAAACUGUUUAUUUGGGUGAGGAAAGCGCUUCCAUUUAUUUACAGCUUAGAUUUCCAGAUUUCCACUAAUGCUGGGUGCAGCAUCAUUAGCAUUAGCAUUAGCGGCUAACCGCGAACACUAGUAAUUUAAAUGCCACCCAACAGCACUCAAAUCACUGACAAAUCCUGAGUGUUUUCAGAGUGAAAGCCAGGGUGAUAUUAGCUAGCAGUUCAUCCCACGUAGCUUGUUUUAACACGUUAAACGCGCACACUACAGUCCGAUAUACUUAACUCUGAACGGGGACAGACCUAGCUAGCGCUUAGUGGCAUGCGGUUAAUAGAGGCUAAAGCUAAUGCUGCUCUAGCAGUGCUAGCCGGGGUUAGCAGCAGGCUACGGGUCAAUAAUACCCACCUCUGAAUGGCAAAAGAGCUAGCACUUAGUGUGAUAACUGGCUAAUGCUAAUACUGCUCCAGCCUUGGUGCUGGAGAACUAAACUGAAACUCCUGUAUAACUCUGUUGUACUCUUUACAUCCUGACAGGUAACAUUUAUACAUAAGGCGAAAUGGAUUAUAUGGCGCACUGAUGAUUUUUGGGAAAAUUAAAGGAUUUUAAAUGCGCCUUAUAAUGGAAAAUGUUUAUUGUUCAUCAUGUCCGUAUGACAGUGGUUGAAUUUCACUUGCACUAUAUUGAGCUACACUACCCCCAAUAAAGCAAAUUUUUAAUGGUACUGCACUGUAAGCCCAGAUAUGUUAAAUUUACUUAAAGAAAUUGAGGAAACCAUUGCCUUUAGAAAAGUUAAGCAAUGGGUAAUAAAAACCUAAGUUAGCAUAACUUAGAACAUCAAGUUAUUACAACUAAAGGGGAAGUUGAUUGAACUUUUUAUUUUUGUUAUACUGUAAAACCAGAUAAGUUAAGUUUAGGCAGCUGGUUUGCUCAAAUGUUUUAAGUAACAGGGAAUGAAAACUUGAGUUAGCAUAAAUUAAAAUAUCAAGUUAUUACAACUAAAGCAGAACUUAUUAAUUUAUUUCUAAAGUAGCCCAGGGGGAACCACUACACACUGAUGGUGAGUGUCAGAAACUGUUGGACACACCCAUUAUGCAAAUAGAUUGUGAGAAGCCAAUGGAAAAGAAGCUGUUAAUAACAACAGACUAAACUUAUUUAUUACUUAUUAUAAGUUGGUUCAACUUAAAGAUCUCAGUUUGAAUGUAUUUAAUGUGCCCACAAGUGUUCAACUAACUCAAAAUAGUUGAGAAUUGUUUAGAAAUAUCCAAUUUAAUGUAAAACAGGCUUACAUCAUUUGAGUUCAAACAACUUCUGGGUUUACAGUGUAUCCAAUUCAUGAUAUAUCCAUGAUUUUUUUUAGAGAACAUGCACAAAUACAGAAGAAAAUACAUAAGAAAUAGUACAAAGAUAGACACAAGGCUCCACACGUAUUCAUAUUAAAUUGCGAGCAUGAAUAAACCUUUAAGAUAAAUUAUUUUUACGCAUCAUGAUGACUUCAAGCAUCAUGUAACAUAACAUAAGGUCACAUUUAUAUUGUAGGUAUCUAUGUAAACAAUAUUAUUCUUGUAUGGUACGAUUUUUCCUGACAGUAUGGACACUUUAUCAACAUUGCAACAUGCAAACAAACAUCAGCCAAUCAGCAUCUCCAACACAUUUCAUACCACCCAAGAAUUGAGCAGAGUGCAAUCCGUCCCUAGCAGCUGCUUUCAGACUUGCCCUUUUUUUUUAUAUGUCAGACACUGAACACAUGAAGUGGUUUAUAAACAGUGUAAAUAGGCUCAAGUGAAACCUCUUUCUUCUUCUUCUUCUUCUUCUUUAGUGUAAAUGCAUUUAUUAAGUCCCAAGCCUUUAAACGUGGAACUGACUUCAGCCUUCUGACUGUGUGCUGUUUCUGUUCUUCGUAGGCGUACAUCAGAAAGGCACUCAGGAUGUUUUUUUUUUAGAUUUCCUUGCCGACAUUUGGUUGAUUUAAUCAGUGUUGUUGAAGUGAUGCUCGUGUGGGUAAUUUCAGAAGUGAGGAUUAUUUACGUAAAUGUAUGCUUUCUCUACUUUUUAUUGUCUUAAGAAUGAACUGAAGAAAUGAAAGGAUGCCAGUCUCUCCAUGUCUCUCAAUGUCUCUCCAGUUAAAAUGGCAUUAAAUGUUGGUGGAUCCAUAGAAUUCUCCACUUACAGUAACAAAUGUACAGUUCCUACUCUUCCUACAGUUUCUACUAUCAUUUCCUUCUCCAUCGUUUUGUUUAUGCACUCCUCAUGUUUGGUUCCUCCUCCUACUCCUCAGUAUCUGAUGCCCUUUUGAUCAGAAAGGGAAUAAAAACAUGGGUAAAACUA